GAUGUGGCCUCAGGGCAGCGAGCAGAAUGGCAGGGUUCCCGGCGCAGUCCCGGCCUAGCAUGGCCCGUGAGUCGUCUUUUGCCUCCGGCUAGAAUGGCCCCCCCGGGCCCGGCCGGUGCCCAGUCCUGCCCGGCUGAGCCACUGUCGCGCAGCAUCUUCAGGAAGUUCUUGCUGAUGCUCUGCUCGCUACUCACUUCCCUCUACGUCUUCUACUGCCUGGCCGAGCGCUGCCAGCCCGGGUCAGGCCCCGUCGCGGGGGUCCCGGGGCGCGGCAUCCCUUCAGGACCGAGGGAGCUGGCUGCGUGGCCCGCAGGGGCGCAAAGGAAGCGCCUCCUGCAGCUGCGGCAGCGGCGGAGGCGCGGGCGGCCCGGGCCAGGCGACAGCGGCGACCAGGAGGAACAGAGCCCGGGGCUGGCCGCCGCUCCAGGAGGCUCCGGAGCGGGAAGCAGCGUGGCGGAGGCCCAGUCAGGGACCCUGGCCCUACUCCUGGACGAGGGCAGCAAGCAGCUGCCGCAGGCCAUCAUCAUCGGCGUGAAGAAGGGCGGCACCAGGGCGCUGCUGGAAUUCCUGCGCGUGCACCCCGACGUGCGCGCUGUGGGCGCCGAGCCCCACUUUUUCGACCGCAGCUACCACAAGGGCCUCGCCUGGUACCGGGACCUGAUGCCCAGAACCCUGGAAGGCCAGAUCACCAUGGAGAAGACACCCAGCUACUUUGUGACCCAGGAGGCACCAGCGCGCAUCUCAGCCAUGUCCAAGGACACCAAGCUCAUCGUGGUGGUGCGGGACCCGGUGACCAGGGCCAUCUCGGACUACACGCAGACGCUGUCCAAGCGGCCAGAUAUCCCCAGCUUCGAGAGCCUGACAUUCCGCAACCGCAGCGCGGGCCUCAUCGACACGUCCUGGAGUGCCAUCCAGAUCGGCUUGUACGCCAAGCACCUGGAGCCCUGGCUGCGCCACUUCCCUCUGGGCCAGAUGCUCUUUGUGAGCGGGGAGCGGCUGGUCAGCGACCCAGCGGGUGAGCUGCGCCGCGUGCAGGAUUUCCUGGGCCUCAAACGCAUCAUCACCGACAAACACUUCUACUUCAACCAGACCAAGGGCUUCCCGUGCCUCAAGAAGGCGGAGGGCAGCGGCAAGCCACACUGCCUGGGCAAGACCAAGGGUCGUGCGCACCCUGUCAUCGCGCGGGAGGUGCUGCGGCAGCUGCGUGACUUUUACCGGCCCUUCAACCGCAAGUUCUACCAGAUGACCGGUCGCGACUUUGGCUGGGAUGAAUAGCAGAUAUAAUUUAAAAAGAAAAAAAAUUAUCAAAAUAUAAUAUAUUUUUUUACCAGUCGGUAGAGAAAAGACAUUUUAAUAUUUCUGUAUUAAGUAUGUGUUGUAGUAGUUUUCCCCCCCUCUUCAGUUCCCAUUGGGUAACCAGCGUCAAACUUGCACAUAGCAGAAAAGCAAAUUUCGUGUAUCUAAGACCCUCCCACUUCAGUUUGUUUAUGUUCUGAACUUGCAAUUGCAAAGGAUAAGCGCUAGUCCCCACUAAACCGAUUAAGAAAAUUCCCAGGGUAAACCUCCCUUUUGUUAGGUACAGAAACCUGGUAGAAUUGAACCUGGCCUUUCAUUUUCCUACCUUUCUCAAAAGUCAUGUCUCAGUUAAUGGUGCUCUGUGUAUGCACUGGGCGGUUUUCAGUUAUAGUUUUAAUCCUUACCCUGAUGCUGCAAGCGUGAAGUGCAUUUUUGAGAUCACCAUUUCCUGUUUAGAGGUAAGGAAACCUGAGUCUCAGGGAGGUUAAAUGACUUAUCUUGAAGCCAGGUGGUAGAUCCUGGACACAAUC